AAAACUCCACGGGAGGUUCGGUGGUAGGUCGUCGGAGAUGGAUUCGGUGGACGAUGCUCUGUCUCGGGUGUAGCUGCUGGGCCAGGCUACCCCGCUGCCAGGGUCUCACGGUGAUGGAAUGCAGAAUCGCAGCCUCCAGCGCAUGGUCUCGAGUAAUUUAUUGGUGCGAGGAGGCGACAGGUGGUGGUGGGGGAAAGAGAAAAUAAAUAAACAAGUGAUUGCGACACGCCGAGAUUCGGAAUGCGUCCUUGGUCCCUGGCCUUGGUCGCACAGGCAGAGAGUCGACAGUCGUGUGUGGUGUUGGAUGGUGUCGCGGAAGGGAGAGCUUGUGACGGGUGUUGUAGGCAUCCGUUGUUUGGCGGCGGCAGUGGUUAAAGAAGAUAUGGCGGGAGGAUAUCGGCAGGAAUUGGCUUUGGCUGGAUGCGACGUGACAGCUACUGCUCGCUGCACAGAACAACCCAAGAGAGGAAGAAAGGGCCCUGAAAGACAUAAGCGAGACAGGGCGGGAUCCAAUAGGGACGAAGCACAGACAAGGGUGACCUCAUUUUGCUGCGUUUUUUUUCUUCCUUCUAGGUAUUAUGGGUCCAAAGUCAGUUAACUCUUGGUAUUCGUAGGUACCUAUCGGGGGCUUCCCCCAUCCAUCUCGUUUCGCUAGGUAUUUGGCUGUGGCUCGUGCGCCGGAACAAAAG